CCAGGUAUAGCCUCCCAUGGCGAGUUCAACACUACUGAAAAAUAGAUGCUAAGCCUCUCUCUCUCUCUCUCUGACAUUUCCUGCCACGCGCAGACGGAGCUCCCUCCUCCAUCACUCCUCCUCCAUCACUCCUCCGAUUACGGACCAGCAAGCCGCCGAUGGGAGAGGCCCAGAACCACCACCAGAACCACGUGCAGGUUUGAUCGGAGAUCAGAACAGUGUGGAUUUCAGGGAUCGGAUUUGAUGGCUUCACUUCACAGCUUAUCAAGGCGAGAUGUUCCAGAGCUCCACCGAGUGGCCGAGGGGCCUCGUGUCAGAGCAAGAAGGAGACCGAUCCGCUACAACAGAGGCCCGGGGUUGACCUUUCGGGGGGAUUUUUACCUUUUUGAAAUCACGAUUAAAUGGAUAGCUUCAGGUGGAAAAAGUAACAGUUGGCACAACAAUUUGGGUAAUGAGCUUAUUACAUUUCUCCCAAGGUGUCAGAAGAGAGGAUCAACACUCCCAGUGUGCACGCGCGGAAAAUAGCUAGCUAGCUUAGCUUAGCUUAGCUUAGCUUAGCUUAGCAUAGCAUAAAAACGGGAAAAGGGGGGAAACCUGCAUGGAUCCCCCUAAAUGUCAGAGAAGGAAGACUGGAGACCUCACACCUCGGGUCUUUUUACGGAUUAAGCAAAGACGUGUAACUAGACAACGUGUAACUAGUGUGCCCGUUUGGGAUGACCUUUUGACCUUUGAAAAGAGUGGGGACAUUUUCUUAUCUAACUCUUGGUAAAAAGCAAAUAACGGUUGUUUUGACAUGCUUUAAAGCAAUGAUAUAACAGCUGCCAUGUUAUUUUGAAAUGUUCACUGUAAUUUAUUGUCAGUUUGAUCCUUGAGAGAGAAAACAGGCUUUAUUCCACAAGGUGGCAAUAUUGUGCCUGUGAACCCUCGGCUUUCUAAUUGCUGCAACAAGUCAUGACUUAAAACCAUAAUAAUACGUCUUUUGGUUUUGUUUGACGUGGAUGAUUCCUUUUGUCAGGGAUUUAAGUAGAAGUACCUAGUGGUCGAAAUUAUAAUACGUGUAGAAAUGUUUAGUGUAGAAUUGUAGUUUGUGUGAUGUUAGAUAGUAGAUAUUACAUUUGUAUGUUUGAUGAUGUGAAUGCAAUAUAAUCAAAUAACAAUUUAUAGUCAUCUAUGUCAUAAUUACUGUACACAUUGAGUUUUUUCUCCUGUCAGAUAUUAGAUGAGCAAAUAUCUUGAGUAUUGCACCACAUAAACUGCCUUAAACCAUGAAGAACUGUGAUCUUAUAUGUUGUAAUUGAAGUGUACUAGUUAUAAGAUGAAGACAAACUAUGUAUGCUGUGUUAUAUUCACUCUUUGAGGCAUAAAGCCAGAUGUUUCUACAUAGAAUGCAUUGUAAUGUGACGGAGAGAUAAGACAGAGAGGUUUCAGGUUACUGCAGCAGAUUCACACCUGGAUGUGAAGAGGACGAACCAGGAGGAGACACUUUGAAGGAGGAGACAAUCAAACGCACCCAAAAGACCCAAAAGACACCCGGGAGUUUUCAAAGGGCCGAACUGGGAGAAGAACUGGGAGAAUUUUCCUGCAGCCGCUUUGAUGAGUCACCUUUGGUCGGACAAUUCUCUAUUUCACUAUUCACAUUUGUAAAUUGUAUUCCUUAUCACUUUGUUUAGUUAUUAAAUACUUUUGAUUUUUAAAUUCGAGCCAGGUAACUCUUUUGAUUCAUCGUAGCGUGAUCUCCCUCGAGGGCUUUCCAAACCUUAACACUUUCAUUAUCGCCACGGAAAUACAGCUGUGAUCAUUUUUUUUUUUCAAACGUAAAAUUUUCCCAACAAUAUAAAUAGAUAAACAAAAGCCACAAAUCAGUUUCCCGAAAGAAGAAUCACAAUGACCCGAAAACCCGCUGGAAGACCGGAGACAUCAUGAGGGAAGAAAAGCUUCCUCCUAAAGAACCUCGAUUUCAUUACAACUGUCUUUUAGGCCUUAAAACACUUUCAAUUUUCAUUUCCCUAACUGCUGUCAGAGGAAAUCCUGUUUCCUCUAUUAAGUGUGACUCGACAAACAUUUAGCAACUUGCUAGACUUAAAACUUGAUCUUUUACGUCGAUUUAAAAAAACACUAAUGACAGAAUUCUGGCUCCUAAAAUGAAACUCAAGAAUUGUGUUACUUUGGCGUCUUAAAUGAACAUGAAUUAGACUAAUAGACUACUUUCCACUUCCACCAUUUGAUUUGAAAAUGGGUUAUUUUAUAAUUCUGGUAUAUCUAAAAAAAAAAAAAAUUCUAGUAAUAUGAAAAUGGCAUUAUUGUCUUAAAGAUUGUAUAAUAUGUUAAUUUGUGAUGGAUUUUGUUUGAAAAAUGCGAGUGUGAAGUUAAAUAUAUGACCAACAAAGACUCUCCAGCUGACCGUCACAAAUGAGAUGACCAAACACUGGAAAAUCCCUCGGACUCUAUAUAAGACUAUACGGGAGCUGUAAAUCACUGAUAGUGUCCACUCAGAGGUCAAUAUUCGAAGGCAUCCGUCAACACAGGCCAUGGACAUCCUGAUGGCUCUCGCGGUGACCUGCUACAUGGCCGCCCUCGCCCGAGGCGCGCCCCUGGCCGGCAGCGGCGCGCUGGUCGCGGAUCAGCGGUUCCAGGACGUCGUGCAGAGGAGCCGCAGCUUGAUGCAGAAGAUCGUGAGCUCCGUUCCCGACGCGCACGAAUCCUGCGUCCACGCCGAGGCGCUGAAACUCAACUCCUCACGGAACGCCAACCUCGUGGUCAUGGCAUCCAACAUCGGCAUCGCCCCGGCUCCUGUGCCCAGAGUCGUGUCGGAAAGCUUCCCUUUGGACGCCGCUCUGAGGAACGUGUCCGAGGGCCUCCAGCUGCACCGGGCCUUGCUGAGCGCCGUCUCUCCUCGGCUGGCGAACAGAGACCUCGUGACCGGGCUGCUGGCUGACAUCAAAGACCUGAUCAUUCAGAUCAAUAAGAUGGUGAAAAUGGCCAACGCGGAGGCCGCGGUGCAGCCCACGCCCUCGCCCACGCCCACGGCCCUGCGCCUCACCGGGGAAUACGACGUCCAGGUGGCAGCACACCUGAUCCUGGUGCAGCUGCAGAGCUUCGGGCGGGACGCGCUGCGCUGCCUCAGGAGUCUGGACCGGAGCAGCGAGGAGGAGGCCGAGAGCUGACACCAUGUACUUAUCUGUUGGAUGACUGCUAUUUAAUUAAGAAUUAAUAUUUAUAUAAAUUAUUUAUGUAAUAUUUAUUUGGGAAAUUUAUUUAUGACAUCCCUCAGUCCCUUUAGUUCUGUUCCUUAUUACAUUAAUGUAUAUAUUUAAUUUAUAUAAUUAAUAUGUUUAUAAUAAAUAUAUAAAUAGUAUAGUAGUAUAAAUAUGUAUAAUUCCUUCCAUAUGAGAGUUAAAUAUGGAUAAGUAUAAGUACAGACUUUAUCAACCAUUAUUGCAUUUUAGGAUUAGUUGUACAUUAUGUAAAAUGUUUCUAUGAAUCGCCUUUUCCUUUACAACACGUUUAUAUUUUCUGAUAUUUUAAAUAAAACAAUGGA